CCAUCCUCGAUGAUCAUUUGUUGACACUGUCCGUGUGUCUCUCUGUCCGUCUUGUCCUCGUCGCUCCUCACACACGCCGUCUCGUCGUCGUCUGGCUUGCUCGCUCGCACCUCGUCCCUCGUCUCUCUCAACUCGCCAUUUAAUCCUCGUCGCAUCCUAUUCUCAUCUGCACACUCUACUCUCACCUCACCAUGGGUCGCUCGUCAAAACCCGCAACCCACCACGCCCAUGCCCAUGCCCACGCCCACUCGGUCCCCACCACGCCGCGGGAAACUAAUCUCUCGGCCUACCCCCUCUCGCUGUCGCGCACCCCGUCGCUCCGCAAUACGUCGUCACCAUCGACACCUACAGGCGCCGACGUCCCCCAGGACCAGAAGGCCGGAUGGACCAGCUUCAUCAAGUCGCUCGCCCACAUGACGGGCGACCUGUCGUCGAUGACCGCGCCGCCUUUCAUCCUCUCGCCCGUCUCGCUCACCGAGUUCCCCGCCUACUGGUGCGAGCACCCCGAGCAGUUUGCCGAGAUCUCGCAGGGCAGCACCGAGGAGGAGCGCAUGGAGCGUGUCCUCCGCUGGUUCAUUGCGACCCUCAAGGGCCAGUACACUACGCGUAACGAGAAGAUGGGAUCGGAGAAGAAGCCUCUCAACCCCGUCCUCGGCGAGCUCUUCUACGGCACCUGGCCCGACACCAACGGCCGCGGCGAGACCGAGCUCAUUGUCGAGCAGGUCUCGCACCACCCUCCUAUUGCCGCGCAGCUACAUUGAGAACAAGAAGGCGGGUGUCGCUCUUCAGGGCCACUCUGGCCAGAAGACGUCAUUCACUGGAACGUCCAUCUAUGUCAAGCAGUCGGGUCACGCCCUCCUCAAGGUCGCCCUCAAGGCCGGUGGCGAGGAGACGUACUUGAUUACUCUUCCCAAGCUCCGCAUCGAGGGCAUCAUCUGGGGCUCGCCCUACAUUGAGCUCACCGAGACCUCGGCCAUCGUCUCGAGCACCGGCUACUCUGCCCACAUCGAGUACAAGGGCAAGGGCUACUUCUCGGGCAAGGCGCACUCGUACAAGGCUGUCCUGUCGCGCGGCAGCAAGACUGUCCAGACGUACGAGGGCCAGUGGACUGGCGUGUCGACCAUUGGCGGCCACAAGGGCCCCGUGUUCUACGACGCCGACGCGGUUCCCAAGCAGGAGGUGACGGUCAAGCCUAUCGAGGAGCAGGGCGAGUGGGAGAGCAGGCGGCUGUGGCAGAAGGUGGCCGACGGUAUCCGUGGUGGUGACUACGAGGCGGCGGGCAAGGAGAAGUCGAUCAUUGAGAACGAGCAGAGGCAACGGCGCAAGGACGAGGCCGCGGCCAACACUACCUGGCCCCUCCGCCGCUUCACGCACAUCGAGGAGGACCCCGAGUAUGAGCAGCUCGCGGCUGUCAUCCACGACAAGACACAGCCUACCACCGAGGACGCAUACGUCUUCAACGGCCACGAGGAGAAGGUUGCGGCCUAAAUAUAGGGUGAUACUGGCUGGCACGCGCGCGCUUGAGAGACACGAGCUGGACGCUGCCACUGCUCCUGCUGCCUAGUGGAUAGGCUAGACGACUACACCGACGAUGCGACUCUGCUGUUCGAUACA